AUUGCAGUGGUGCUCUUUGAAAAUUUUCCGAUCAUAUGUUUUUUGUUGUUCAUGGCAGGAUUUUUUGGAUUUAAUCCAAAAUGAAACUCUUUAAACUCCACACGCAUCAAAAAUCCAACAACUCCGCUGACCUCCUGCUGCAUCCCAAGGAACACCCGGACCUUAAGUUAGGGGACAUUGUGGAAAUUUAUCAUCCGGAAGAUGAGGGAUGUCGCCUUCUCCUGCAAGUCACAACAUUUUACGAGGAGUUCCAAGGUCGAGAAACCAUCAGCGUGGAAACCAACAUUGCCACCACGUUCAAUUUGCGGAUUUAUGCUGAUAUUGUGAUACAUCGUGUUGAUCCGGAUGCCGUGGCUCUUGAUUCUGUGGAGAUAACAUUCAAAGAUCAGUACAUGGGACGUUCGGAGAUGUGGCGACUCAAAAGUCACCUUGUGAACACCUGUGUGUACAUCAAUAAGAAGAUUGAGUACUGCGAAGGAUCAAUCCGGUGUCAGGUGUAUGAAAUGUGGGCACAGGGAGACAGAGUAGCAUGCGGGAAUAUCACAGCAGAUACCAAAGUUGUGUUCAGGAGUAGUACGUCCAUGGUGUACCUUUUUAUCCAGAUGUCCUCGGAAAUGUGGGACUUUGACAUUCACGGUGAUCUCUACUUUGAGAAGGCUGUCAAUGGUUUCCUUACGGAUCUCUUUAUGAAGUGGAAGAAGCUUGGGUGCAAUCACGAAGUCACCAUUGUUCUAUUUUCACGUACUUUCUAUGCCGCAAAGAGCCUUGAUGAGUUUCCAGCACACAUGCGAGAGUGCCUUCAGAUGGACUACAAGGGGAGAUUUUACGAAGAUUUCUAUCGUGUGGCCAUUCAGAAUGAACGCAAUGAUGACUGGAGUACUAUUCUCGUUGAGCUGAGACGUCUCUUUACGGGAUACCAGAAUACUGUUCUAAAGUACCAUGAACGUCCGGACAUUGCAAUUCCACCAGCAACCAACUCCACAGCAGCUCAAGGGAAUUUUCUGGAGGUUCUCAAUAUUUCUCUUAAUGUAUUUGAAAAGCACUACCUGGACAGGAGUUUUGACCGAACGGGACAACUUUCUGUGGUCAUCACACCCGGUGUGGGUGUGUUUGAAGUAGACAGAGAACUCACGAAUAUCACAAAGCAAAGGAUUAUCGACAAUGGGGUUGGGAGUGACUUGGUGUGUGUGGGUGAACAGCCCCUUCAUGCUGUACCCCUACUAAAAUUCCACAAUAAGGAUUCGUCGCUCAAUGCUGAUGACUACUCCAUGCCGCAUUGGAUAAACUUGAGUUUCUACUCAACAAAUAAAAAGGUCGCAUAUUCAACAUUCAUUCCACGCAUAAAACUACCCCCACUGCGUCCGGAUGCAGACACAGAUGUAGAUCAAGAGAAUCAAAUAUUGAAAUUCCUCCCGGACAAUCAUACGGAGUACAUUCACAAUUCUCUCUUUGACUACGAUGCCUACGAUGCACAGAUUUUUCAAAUGCCCCCAGCACAUGGGACGUGCUCUCUACAGCGUCCACCGCGAACGAAGAAAACAUCAGUCCCAAGUUUGGAGGGGUAUUUGGCAUCUGCAAACAACGAAUGGCUAUCAACGUCUCCGCGGCAGAUUCUACGGAGAAAAAUGUCUGAUCCGGAUAUUCAUCACGGAGGGAAUAGUGUGCUGAGCAAUUUAUCCCAAGUAGACUCACCCACUAGUGCUAAUCUCUCGGAAUCCUUCAAGGCAAUCGAAAAGGCCAAUCGCAAAGGAUUCAUUGGGAAUGGAUCGGUUAUUCGACCAGGAAGGGCACUUAUUAAUCCCUUCGAUCCAUCCCACGUAACUAUCAAACUCACCAGCAAUCGUCGUCGGUGGACACACAUUUUCCCAAAAGGUCCAACGGGGGUUCUCAUUCAGCAACAUCACUAUCAAGCUGUUCCUACGACAAAAACAUGCGAAAGUGCCUACAAUGAAGUCGAUGCGAGUGAUUACGCCCACACGGCCACGUGCUCCAUAGCCGAGAGCCUUGAUGACUAUGCGGGGAUUGAGAGUGUCAGUGAGAGUGGAGGAGAUGUUGGGACACCACGGAGGAAAAUCUCAAUGCUUCACUCAGCUGCUGGUCAUUCGGUCACAGUCACCCCAUCGAAGAGUCUCACGCUCCUGUGGGGUGCAACGGGAGAACAGGAAUGGACUCCAGCUUUAACCACAGCCGGAAAGAUCAUCAUAGGGGUUGAUUGGAAAUCCUUGACAAUUCCCGCGUGCCUUCCAAUCACCACGGACUAUUUUCCGGAUAAGCGAUCCCUCCACAAUGACUACGUUGUGUCCGACUAUACGCUAUUGCCGGAAGAUGUCUAUGCGGAUUACGCCACAAAUAGGGCUGUGUCUCAGAAACCCCUGACGACUGAGCAGGUGUUUAAGGAGCUCAUUUCACAACGUCUAGCUCAGGGAUUUCAAUUAAUUGUUCUACCAGAUACAAUUAAGCAGAAACCCUCCUCAGCACCGUGCUGUGGCGGAAUACAAAUGCCAAAGUACUUUGUCCUUGGUACUCCUCCGCAGGAGGCAACCAAGGAACAUCUCCUAUCUAUCGGUAGAAUGUUCCACAGGAUCUCGCUCAGUGGUUCUGUUAUCACUGUUACGAGAUACAGACCGAGACAUCCAUAUCCACCGAUAACUGUGGACUACAGAUAUCGCUUCCAUGCACCCCAACAUGAUACUUAUGAGGUAUCCGGUGUGAAUUUUACAACAGAAAAAUUGGAAAAUUACAAUUGGAACUUCAUGGAUCAGUACAUUUGCACGCGUGGUGAUACGGAUUUCAUGCUGCAUGAAAAUCUCAAAUAUUGGCGCUACAGGAUGUACCUUUUGCCCAAAGAUCAUCCAGCUAUGAAGAAGAUACUCGAUGGAUUGACAACGAAAUGCGAUAUCUUCACGGAAAUUCAAUCGGAUUCACCAAAACAGCAAAUUGAGGAUUUUCUUCACUACGUCGAGAUGCAUUUGAAUAGAAUAAAAAGGGUUCAAUGCAAGAAGCCCCGGUUGCUCUUACAGGGAAGUCCAACGUCACAGCAGUCCCAUUUAACGAGACGUCGUCACAGCACCAGCAUUAUUUCACGUCCGGCAAAUCAGGGUUUAGGUAAUUCACCGUUCCGAGAUCGUGUUGGAAGCAAUAGGUUACCCGAAAGAGCUAGACCAAGACUGAGUGGAAAAUCUCUAGCGGCCGGAAGAGCCGUUCAGGAAGCUACGGGAAUGGUGGGUGUACCAGGAGAUUCCUUGAGUAUCGAUGACUCCGAUGAAAGCCUUGCCGUUGAGAUAAAGUUCAAAGUGACCGAUCCACUGAUGGACAUCUAUAAGGCUAUGAAACAUCCAACAACUGGUGUACCAUUCAUUGGACCAGCUCAGAGUAUGCCAUCAUGCACAUUUGUCUCUUACGAUGCACUAAAAUGGCUUCAGGAUAGAAUUGAGGGUCCAUUUGAUGCUGUAGAGAUGCUCGAGAGAAUGCGCCGAGAGAAACUAAUUUGCCAUGCAUCUGGUGAUUUUUCAAAGCCCAUCAUUGUGGGAUUUGUGCUGUACUACAUCACGAAACAAGAGAAGGAUGUAGUGCUACCUUUGGAGAACCUCAAGGCGUUUGAGAAUGAAUGGAUGGAGGUGGAAGUUGUGACACCGGAAAUGAAGCAGAUGAGCAUCCAUCCGCAUGAGGUGAAUGUUCCGGAAUUCCUUCGGGAAUCCAUUGGGAGUGUAUUCAGUGAGGCACCUCUGUACAAACAGAGCCACUUGGAAAUUGACAUUAACAACAAAAGCGAUCGAAUUGAAUGGGGACACGCGAGGUACCAUCGUGUCAUGAUUCCCGGGCAUGCUUUUGAAAUUGUGGCCCAGUGGGUGAUUGCAUCGGGACCAAUUGUGUAUGAUUUGAUCUACGGAUGGAGUCGCAAGGCAACUCAGUGUGGAUUUCAACUUGUUGCAAUUCCCGCCGAUCCACUGGCGGAGCCUUUUACGGAAAAAUCCGAUCCACUUCGUGGGCCAAUUUUCAUUCCAUUGGACACUGAAUGCUUGAAGCAGAAGAGGGAUUUUCUCUUUGAGGAAUUCAAGAAGGACACGUGGGCGACGCGACUUCUUCUCUUCCAGGAGGCCAUUUUGGCACGCUUUGGCUUCAUGCCGUGCGCCGUGGAGACUAAAGCGGGCUCAAAUCAAGCCUCACUCGACUUCCAGUAUGUUCACUGUUCGGGAAAUAUGUUUGUGCUGGUGCCGUCACCCCAUCAGGGACUCCGAUCACGUCAAAGGCUCGCCUCUGGUGGAUCGCAGAAGAAGCCGAAUUUUGUGAAGCACUACCCCGUUACCACGGACACCCAGAGCCCUCAUGAAGCCUACAUAACGCGACAUGUGAGUGGGAAGAACAAAGACGAUAUGGAUACGAUAAGAAAGACAGGAUUUCUCUGGUCAUGGAAUCACAUGGUGCCCAAUAAGAAGUGGAAGUCACUUGUGAUUAACAACUCCCCGGAUGGUGAGAUAAUUCAGCUGCGUAUGCUGCGAGACUUUAAGAACUUCUGCACCAAUCAGGAUCAGAGGCUCAUUGCAUUUUGGGAUCAUUGCUGGGAGCUCAAGGAGAAGGCUUCCACGCAGACAACCAGCGAAUAGGUGUAAGCAAACAGUCAAUUUCCUCUCCUUUUGAUACUGUGAAUAUGAGAUUUUAUUAGCGCAA